ACUCUGGUUUUCAUGUACUCUUGGUUAUAAGGGCUUCACCUUCAGUCCCCUUCUCAGUUGCUUUCUUGUAUCGCUAGAGGGAGGUUUGACUACACUGGACUUUGAGGAGUUGUCUUGGAGUGGAUCUGCUAUCUAUGCGGUGGAAGAUGGGAUCUAUUUUAUUGCUUGCACUAUGUAUGUUGGCUUCAAUGCUGCACACAAUAAAUUGUGCUGAAGGUGAACAUCACCAUGUUUGUGACGAUGGUGAACAUGGCAUAGGAGUGCUUUUUAUGCACACGCAGGACAAACUGGAUUACAAAGGUGCCGAGAAAUUUUGUAGUGAUAGAGGCGCAGUUAUACCUCACAAAAACGUCGAGGGGAGUUGCAUGAACACGCUUUCCACCCAGUUACAAGGAAUCUAUGGUAGACUAUUUUUCUGGACUACUGCACCUGGUUUGAACGGUCCCGACCAUUUUGGUGCCGACACGUUUGGCUAUAAUGGAGAAUGGAAGCAAAUUGGGAACAACUUUAAUGUAGCCUGCUUUGACAAUAGGAUUUGUCUACGGCCUACGGAUCCAGGCACUCGUGGGUCUUACGGCAACGGUGUAUUCUCCCAACAAGAAGGUCUGAAUACGCUGACUUUGACAUGUAAUCAGGGAUAUGAGGUUGUCGGUAACCCCAAGGUGACUUGCUUAAAAGCUCCUCGCUCUAUUACCUCACUAGCCGGAUGCACCAAGAUAUGUACAAAACCAACUGUACCAAACGGAACUUUUAGGAAAGGUUCAUUCAAUGGCGUAAACAAUACACUGCCGGGAACGUGUGACAAUGGCUACACAGCUGUACAACAGCUUAAGGCGACUUGCGACUUUUUUGGCAGGGUGACUGUGGUGGGCAAAUGCGUGAAAGAUUAAGAUGAUAUCUGGUAGAUAUUGCAACAUACUCCGCAGGUUGUAUCUGCUGCUCGCUAUGCUUAGUGUCCCGUCUGCUUACCUCAACCAACCCACAGUAACCAUGGUAACUGUAUAGUGAUGGGUGAUAGCAACAGAACCGUAGAAUACCACCCUAUCUCACAUGCCUAGACUGCAUUUGUUAGAAGGCGUUUCUUCGUUUUCUUCAUAUUCUUUUCUCCUUUUCGUCCACUCUUCCCUUCUCUGAUCUCAUAGCGCUGGUAAUACAUAUAUAUAAUCAACCUUUGAUCAAGAGAAUAUUCAAACCAA